AGUUAGUCGCGCUGCGGACAACGAAGCGAGUUGACGUCCGAACAGUUAAUCACCAGAUUACGUCACGCCUUUAUGGUCGGGUUUUCCACGACCGUCACAGAGAACGAUAAACAGUCUGUGUGAACAAUGUGGAACGAAGGAGACCCUCGGCGUGAGUUGCCGAGCCACGAGGUGGCCAUGGGCCGCUCUCCCGGAGCCGAGGUGGUGGUGCUGGACGACCGGGUGAUCGAGGCGGCGUCGCGCGCGCAGCCCGGCGUCACCAACAUCAACGUCACCAAGUCCUCGCGCCUGCACAUCGGGCCCAAGUUUGUGUCGGUCACCCAGAACAUCGACAACACCGAGGUGGUCAAAGGCCGCAUUCUGGGCCUCGAGCUGGUCUCGCCCCAGAACUCCAAGCGGCUCCGCUGUAGCAUCGCGGUGUUCGUGUGCUGGGCCUUCGUAGUUGCGUCAGGCCUCACAUUCUUCAUCUUCCACUUUGCGCUGACAAAACAAGCAAUGCGUCUAGAUCUAGAUAUAAAGGAGCCGUGGUACCUGAGACGAGCCCAGUGGCACGCGAUGCCUUCCUAUGGAAUAGAAGUGCUCAAUCUACCGGUGUCUUAUGUUCUCAUCGGCCAUUCUGCAAUGGAUUUUUGUUCCGAAACGUAUGAAUGCAUAAAGGACGUGUUGGAAAUACAAAGAGAUCACCAGCGUCGUGGAUGGAAUGACAUCGGUCCGAAUUUCCUGGUUGGUGGCAAUGGAGUAAUAUUUGAAGGCAGAGGCGCAAACAUUAUAGGAGCCAUGGUGAGAUCAUGGAAUGUGAUUGGUGUUAGUGUCAUGUUUCUUGGAAAUUAUAUGAACUCGGAGCCAACUAAAGUGCAGUUUGACAAUGUUAAAGUUCUGCUAGAAGAGUUGGUGAGAAAGGAGGUGUUAAGGCCAGAUUACACAUUGUACGGUGCUUGUCAAGUACAAGGGGCAGUGAGAACGCCAGGCAUUAAUCUGGUGGAACAAUUACACAACUUCGAGCACUGGAAUCCUGUCAACAAAACGUCGUGCCUCCGAACGUGAUGAUUUUAAGGAACGCUUCUUAUGAAGACAUUAAGAUAUUGUACGAAAAAGCUGUGAUUGGUCAUAUAUGUAAUUUAGUGAGAUGGACUACCUAAUUAGUUAUAUAAUUUUAGAUGUAUUGUUAGUUAUAUUUUUAUACUUAUAGAUAGGAUAUACAUAAAUGAUUGUGCAUUUAAAUUACUUGGUAAGUCACUAAACAUAAGUUUACUAAUUAAAAUAUUUGCAGUCAAGUUUGAGUUCUAUUCCUUUAAUUGUUUACUUGAUUAGUUGUUACAUACUGCCUAUGUAUUCAAGUUGUUUUACUAAGCGAAUUUCGGUGGCAGUCUCGAAAUGAAACUUAAAGAAUAUUUUGACUAUGGGAGUGAUUAAUGAAUGAGAAAUGAAAUUUUUACCUAAUUGAGCAAUGUGCCUCUUUGUGUAAACUUGCGACGAAUGUUUGCUUACUAGCGUAGAUAUUACGCAUAGGUUCUAUACCUGUGUCAUUACACGCAGGUAUAAAGGUAUAGUAGAUACACACUAUGCGUAUUAUACGCAAUGACAUUGACUAAGCGAGCUAAAACCUAGAACAUUAGGCUUAUUAACAAUUAGAUUGGAAUAUUUUAUUAGGUAUGUUGAUGUAAUUAUCUUAUGAGUUUCGUUACAAAAGCCAAUAUUGUUGAUGCUGAUUAACUCGGCUCCUAUACAUCUAAAAAAUCAAUGCCUAAUCUUUACCGACAAUAGGGUAUCUACUUCCCUUAAUCAAAAAUAAAUUAUUUCCACUGUUCAAUACAAUAAAAUAUUAAAAACGAAUCGCACUUCCAUUUAUUGUUUUUAUAACUAUGAACAAAACGUGACGUCACAAUACACCAUCUCUUAUGUACAAUAUUCAAAACUAUCGUUUUUGACAGAUCGAGAAAAGUAUUGAAUUUGACUAGUUGGCAAGUACCUACCCUAUUACCUAAGUGUAGGCACUAAAUCCUAAAUCAUAUAGAGUAGGUACUUAACGUUGUACACAUUUUACUUUUGCUCUCAAACAAAAUACUUAGGUAUGUACGUUUAUGUACCUGGUUUUUCAUUAAGUGGGUACAUACCUAGGAACCAAAGACUUAAACUAUGUGUUACGAAAUGUGUAAAUGUUUAAGACAAAAGUAUUAAAAAGAACUAACAUCUACAAUGUACCUAAUUAGGAUGAGGAGAUUUUUGUACAGCAGCGAUGCUUUACCAUAUGGGGGCCGUUCUAGUAUUACGUAAGCACCAUGGGGGUGGGAGGUCUCUGUUUUGCUUAUUUCGGAUGAUAUGGGGGUAGGGGAGUCUAGAUGAUGAUUACGUCAUCGGUAGUUAUUUACUUUUUUACACGAAUGGCAACCCUCAUAUUGAAAUUAUAAAUUAAAAGCAAAGACCGACAAAGAACGAGACAUUAUGGUAUGUGGAGAAUAUUAAAAUUACAAUAUAAAAAAUACCUAUAUAAUUUAAAAUGUUUACGU